CCCGGCUAGCUGUCAUCCGCGUAGAAGGGAAGGGCAUGACAUGGAGCUACAUUUUCCGAUAAGCAGUUAUAUAUGCGUCGUAGCUUGUUAAAAGCAUACAAGGCUUUUGGUAUUUCUAUGUACCACGAUAGCGGUCCUUUCGUUUCGACGUCUUGAACAAACAGUCGCUAGCUAACCGGCUAGCUAGCUUGCUACUUACUGUAACUGUAAAGGCAGCGAGUUCAAACAGAAAGCCUCCGCAUGGCGUUAAUCCUGUUUACGAGGUCUCGGGCACCUUUCAUGAAAACGUCCAGGUCUUUAAAGAACGAAUUCAGGAAAGGGAAACUACAAGAUGGUGCAUGUUUCAACUGCACAGCGCUCAGACUCUCCAGUCAGAAACUUGAUGGGCUCCGACUCGGCAGCUUGUCCCAGCUCCCUUCAUCCGGUCCUUCCCUCCCCUUGUCAGAUGGCUACGUGGGCCCCUGCCAGAGCGUGGACUCACAGCGGCCUUACUGUGCUUUUGUGUUAGGGGCCUCCCCUUCACUGUACCCUGCAGUCACGACGGGGGCCCAGUGGACGAUAGCGCGACCACAGGACAUCCGCGGCGUCAGGUGGAUACACACCUCGAGGAGGAGAUGGGACGACUCCAAGGUGGAGAAGUCACUGCGUUCGUUAAAGGACAAGAAGAAGAAGCUGGAGGAAGGAGGGCCGGUGUACAGCCCCACGCUGGAUGCAGAACCCGUGAGACGGACGCUCCGACAGCGGGUCGUCGAUGAAAUCAAGCACUACUACCACGGCUUCAAGCUGCUGUGGAUUGAUACCACCAUUGCUGGCCGGAUGCUGUGGAGGGUGCUGAACGGACAUCCCCUGUCCCGCCGCGAGAGGAGACAGUUCCUCCGAACAUGUGCCGACGUCUUCAGACUUCUUCCCUUCCUGGUGUUCAUCAUCGUCCCCUUCAUGGAGUUCCUGCUUCCUGUAGCUCUGAAGCUCUUCCCCAACAUGCUGCCGUCCACCUUCGAGACACAGUCAAAGAAGGAGGAGAGGUUGAAAGCGGAGUUGAGAGUCAAACUGGAGAUGGCCAAGUUCUUGCAGGACACCAUCGAGGAGAUCGCUCUGCGGAACAAGGCUGCCCAGGGCAAUGUGACGGAGGAGUUCUCCACCUUCUUCCAGAAGAUCCGGGACUCCGGGGAACGUCCCAGUAAUGAGCAGAUCUUGAAAUUCUCCAAACUGUUCGAGGAUGACCUGACUCUGGACAACCUGACCCGACCUCAGCUGGUGGCUCUCUGCCGUCUCCUGGAGCUGCAGUCCAUCGGGACCAACAACUUCCUCCGUUUCCAGCUCAUCAUGAAGCUGAGGGCCAUCCGUGCAGAUGACAAGCUGAUUGCAGAGGAAGGGGUGGAGACUCUGAACGUGAACGAGGUGCAGGCAGCCUGUCGCGUCAGAGGGAUGAGAUCUCUCGGAGUCACAGAAGAACGACUGAGGGAGCAACUCAGCCAGUGGUUGGAGCUGCAUCUGAACCAGCAGAUCCCCACGUCCCUGCUGCUGCUGUCUCGAGCCAUGUACCUCCCCGACACCCUUUCCCCCGCCGACCAGCUGAAGACGACCCUGCAAACGCUGCCCGAGAUGGUGACGAAGGAGGCCCAGCUGAUGGUGGCAGAGAUGGAGCUCUCCAAAGUGGACAAUAAGACCAAGCUGGAGACCAUGCUCCAGGAGGAGGCAGCCAUACGCCAGGACAACAAGGACAGGGAGAUGGAGAGGCUGGCGGAUGCUGCAGAGAAGGCUGCAAGGGAGGUCGAGCUGGAGCUCGAAGCAGAGCCGGCUAAAGCCGACAUGGCUGCUCAUUCGGAGACUCUGAGGGAUGCAGCGCCCGUCAUAGAGGGAAUCAAGUUUGGACAGUGGCAGAGAUUCCUGUGCUUCCAGGGCGAGGAGAUCACCAAAGAGGAGAUUGACCUGUUGAGUGACGCUUGCUCGAAGCUGAAGGAGCAGAAGAGGCUGUUGACUCUGGAGAAAGAAGAGCUCGAGGAACUGAAGGACGACGUCCAGGAGUACAACGAGGAUCUGGAAGAGAUCAAGAAGGAGCUCUCGAAGACCGGCCAAGAAAAGGCGCUGGAGGAGUCAAAGGCGAGCCAGCGUCUGUCUAAGAGAGUGAACCGUAUGAUCGGUCGCAUCGACAAGAUCAUCCUGGAGCUGGAGAAGGACAAGGUCAUCCUGGACGGACAGAUGGACAGCGGAACCAGCCCACCUGUCGGAUUAUUCUUUACUAAACAUAGUGAUGCCACAAGUCUGUUCUACACCUUCAGGGAGAACCUCAUCAGCAUCGACGAGCUCAUCGGCGUCAUGCGGCAGAUCCAGAACAUUCCAGAGCACAAGCUGCAGAGGAUCGCGGAGGCUCUCGACGACAACAAGGACGGGAAGAUCGACAUCGACGACGUCAUCAAAGUGGUGGAACUGAUCGACAAGGAGGACGUCGACAUCUCCACCUCCCAGGUGGCUGACAUCAUGGUGAUGCUGCAGAAGGAGGAGAAGCUGAUGGAGAAGGAAAAGGCCAAAGACAAGGCCGAGAAGGAAAAGGCAGCCACACUCAACAGCUAACUCAUUUCCACAAAGACACAGCGCACUUGUAAACGCCGACUUCUGAGAAGUCUGUGUCUGGUACCCGCCCACAGAUUGAGGGGGGGUCACCAGGUAACAGCUGCCUUCUCAGAAUGUCAUCUCACUACCAAUUCAGCUCUUAACAAAUAGUUAAAAAAAUGGGGAAAAAAAGGCAUAUUGCCUUUAAAACGCACAAAAUCACAACGAAACUUAAAUUGCCAUCAUGUUAAACUCUUCUGGACUGAUCAUGUAUUAUAUGUUGAUACUUGGUUUUGUGUAAUUUUACUCAAUAACUUAUUGAUAGAGGGAACACAGCGACAUGGAACCAUAGUUCUCCCAACGUCAGAGUUGUGAGGGGAGAAAACUGAUCAGAAAUUAAGUUUGGAAAAUCUAUUUAUUGUUGAAAGUUUGAGGUGAACCGUCUUGCCUUUCAUUUCAUUCAUGUCGUCAUCUCAGAGAAAUGAGACAUCAUUUCUGGACUUGCACAGUAAAAAUCAUCGUCAUCACCAUCAUUUCUUUUCUUUUAUCAUCAUACCCCCACUUUGUGAAGUCACUUUCCCUGAUUUGUACUUGACAGGGGAGCUUAUUGCUGGUUACAGGAGGUUUGAAUGGUGGCUGCAACCAAAUAUAUAUUUACACAAAACGUAGAAACUAAUUAACAAAACAUCAGGUUAUGUGUGCAAGAUUAAAUCUAUAUAUUCAUUCUAACAAUAAAACAAAUAACAGCUUUAUGUUAAUCAUUCCCACCAAAACAGCAGUAAAUGUUGGAUUCGCGCUGUAGAUGUGCUGGACGUUUGUCCAAAGAGCAAGCGACUGAACUUAGCAGCAUUUACAUCCGUAUUAAUACGUGUUGUACUGUAUUUUCUGUUUAUUUUGUACUUACUACAUCAUAAUCUUUUAUCAGCUCUUCAUAUCUAUUCCUGUUGUGUUCAGUAGAUCUCUGUGAAAUGCCAAAGUUGCACUGUGGCACAUUUAAAUAACUAAUUAAAUAUAGAUAAUUCAGAUUAUUCCUAAUAUCAACCAACAAACCAGUUAAGACUGACUGAUGUUUAUGAGCAGCGACGCUGGAACGCCUCACGGCGAACGGCGGCCGGUUGGCUGCUGCCGUGGCGAGCGACAGCAGGCGUCUGGUCGCAGGGUGAUCGUGGCUUUGUGUGAAUGUUAAGUAGUUUAUUUUGUGCACAUGAGUAGUCUGAUAACGUGGCCUUCUCCUCACACAGAUGUUAUGCAUCGUGUACCGUUGUACAUUUAUUGUUGGGUGUUUGAAGAAGACGGUGGCGCUCCGAUAUUCUCCUCACUGAGGAUUUACCUGAUGUCAUUUAGUCCGGAUGAAUUCAGCUGUAGAUCGUUUUGUUUGCACAGUAGCCACGAGAAAAAGUGGCUUAUAAACAAGGUCGAAGUGACGAUUUCACACAAUAUUCAAGCCGCUGCUCGUUUUCAACGGCGUUCACACUGCAAGCAGCUGGGCCAUUGAUUGUUUUUAUGUUUUCUGAAAACAUAUUCCAACUAUGGCUGCACCUAAUGAUUGUCUUUGACUAGAUUUGAUUUGUUUUGUUUAAUUUUUUUAAUAUAUAGUGUCAAGAAAGCAGAGGAAAGAGGCCGAGGUGGCGCUUCAGAUGAUUUGUUCCAGCGCCCAGUAUCUGCAGGUUUAAUAUACAAAUAGAGAAAAUCAGCACAUUCUCAUAUUUUAGAAGUUGGAACCAGCUGACGUUGCUAAAUGACUUGUAUAAGUGAUAGAUUAUAAAAUGUGUUUUUCUGUCAAUCAGCCCAUCGAUCGAUUGAUUGAAUAUUCUCAGCACUAAAUUCAACCAGUGUUGCUCAGAGCAAGAACCGUUUUCACCGUUCAUUAAAGCUGUUAGAAUAAUCUGAUAAUUAAAGUUAGUGAUAUGUGGAAAAAAUAAAAAUUCAUUAUUUUCCAUCUUCACUGACGGCAGCAGUGGAUUCAAACUGCAGGCUUUGGUUUUUAAGACAUUAACUUCUGUAAUCAAUGAAAUAAGAGUCUUCGCGUCGGCACACCGGCACAGGAAAUGAUCAGACUUCUGCCGAGUUGUUAGUCAUGUUUCUUGCAGUGUGAACUCACAAUAAAAGGCUGAUCCACUUUCGCUGCUGAGUUGAUUUGAGCAGCGAAGAGCUCAGGUGUGAACGCGGAAGACGAAGCGGCUCUCGAGAUAACGCCGAGUGGACGCCGCUCCAUUUAAUCCGUUCCGGGAAUCCGCUGUCAGGCGCGCGGAUGAUUAAGAGGUCGUCCGUCUUCCAUCAGGCACCGUCCCGGCUCAGGCCCGGGGCUGGCUGACAGGGCGGGGGGCUCUGCUUUGCCUGGGAGCAGUCAGGCUGAUGGGUGCAGGGUAAACACUCGCCCCAUACAUGGGCCACAGCCAGCUCCGCCGGAGGGUUUUGUUUAGCUUAGAGACGAUCCGGCGGGAUGUGGCACGCUCUCUGCUGCGUAAAUCAGCCAGUCAGUGUAAACACGUCCGAGGAGCGCUGUGACAGCUUCUCGAUUACACUUGGCGGGAGAGAGUGGUGUUUGUGUCGGGGGAGCGCUGUGUGCGCAUUAGCAGCGCUGCCACUGCUUCUAGGCACGGAGGGGCCCAGAGGUCAGGGAGGGGAGAUGUGUGGCGGUGACAAAUACCAGGACGGCACGUCGAGAUCGAUGCUUGAGGUUCUGGUGUCGGUCCAGACGGGUUUGAAAUGAGCGGAGUUAAAUUUAAAGGACGUAGAGGCCUCGGGGGAUAAGAUCCAGGGUGGUCUCGCUAAAAAGGCGACCCAGGCUCAAGUUUUGCUGUAAAGCAAUGCAACAUGAUCUGACAAGGUGCUGCGUUAGCCAAUCAGAUAUGUGCAGUCUCUCAUUUCUGGUAGAUUAUGUGCUGAUGGUAAAUUUUUCCAGAGUUAAGAGUAAAAACUUCAAUUUGAACCACUUUGAAGCUUAAUAAAACACCCAAACACUGCAAACACACUGAGCUCAGUCCGGUGGAGCCGAAGCGAUUAGUUGAUGAUUCAGUUGGACGAAAAUUAAUUGGCAAUUAAUCAUUAAUUUAAAGUGUUUUUUUUCAAGCAUGAAUGCCAAAAAGGGGUUUGCCUUCACCUUAACGAAAAGAAGUCGCAGCCAGACUUUUUGGAUUUCAUUGUCUCAUGGGUACCUGAACCAGACAGUUUUUGAUCUGAACACCUGGUGAACCAACAGGUGAAAAUAUGAACAACUGCUGUUGUUUAAGCGCUGAUUAGGUCUGCAUUCAUUGUCAGUGAAUGUUUUUCACAUUUAUCUGUUAAUAGUUUCAUUAAAAUGGAAGAAAAUUCCCAUCACAACCUCCCUGCGCCCAAACCGGCGUCGUUAAAGUAUUGGUUUUUGGGCGGAAAGUACUUAAAACAGAGAAAAGCUGCAAAACCUCGAGAAUGUUUGGCAUUUUUUCUUGAUGAAAGGCUACAGCAAUUUAUCAUUAGUUGUCAUUAAUUAAUAUUAUGUCGAUCAAAUAAUCAAUUAAUUGACAAAUGGCUUCAGUUCUUAUGCUCAAGAUGUCCUCAAAGUGUGACAAAGUCAAGAAUUCAAAGAUAUUCAACAUACAAACAGAGAAAAACAGGAAAUUCUUCUGCACCCAGAGGACGUUUGUCAUCUUGUCUUUAUAAAUGAGGAAUGAUCAGAAUAUUUGUUGUCUCUCACAGUCUCUGCACUUCUUGCUCGUCAUUUCAUGCGCUGCUAUAUUCAUAGUGAGGAAUACAUUUCAGCCACACAGUCAGUGAUGAGACAUGACAGUCAUAUUUCCCUCAUGCUACCAGGAUGUGAUUAUGAUUUAUGAAAACCCGUCAAACCGUCAGAUGCAUUCAAGAAAUCCCGGAAAAAAUAAUUAGAUUUUACAAAAAGGAGGCUGUGCAGAAAGUUUGCUCGUAUUUCCACAGACUUCUGGUGUGCGGAAGCUGUGCAGGCGUGAAUGGCAGUUUACGGCUGCGCGUCCUCGUCUUUGGCUGCAGCGCGAGGAGGCAGAGCUCACCGCUGGCAGCAGUGUUGCACUGUGUUGUCGAAGCUGCCGUCUUGUACCUAAGGGAGGUGGAGAGGCAGCAGAAGCAUCAAGACAGCGAGCUUAAAUCAGGUCGAGUCCAGCAGCCGAGCCAAGAGGCUUUCUUCUGUCGGGGGCUUUGAUAUUUCGGCCGGUUUUAGCUCCUGUCGUAGCUCUUUGGCUGGUCUCUGUGGAGUUUUGCCACUGUGUAAAUGCACUGUUCGUUUUUUUCCUUACAGCAGGUGUGUGUUAGUGUUUGGACUCAGGGCGUGAGUGUUCACUGUGAUGCGGUCUGAGCAGCUUCAGGACCAGCAGGGAGCUCGAAGCUGGCGUGUUGCGACCCGCGAUACAAACCGUCCUAAAAGAUUCCCGUUGGAGGAGGCGAGCACGAGAAGAACAAAUAUUCAAAGCAAUAAGUCAUUUAUGCAUCGUGUAACUUUUUGAAUUUCGUUUGAUCUCCCGUUUUUGAGGUGGAACAAGAGUUUAAUGUGUUGAAAUUAUAUUGUAAUAUAUGUGAUUUAGAGAAAAAAGGCUGCUGUAAUUAAAAAGCAAUGCUUGGAUUCUGCUUCUCUUCUCGAUGAUUGUUUGGGAGCUGAUGCACCUGUAGUUGAUUAUUGUACGGACUUUUUGAAGACAGAUAAACCUCUUUUUCCUUUGAGUAUUUUGCACCAGCCCUUUUAUUACCAAACCAGAAUGCUAUUUUGUAGGAUGUCUGAGAAUAUAUAUGAGUUUUCUCCUGAGGUGGACGUAAAGAGACUGACAGCAGCGUUUGCUUCUACAGAUGCAGACCUAAAGGAGCAGCUCAGACCAGGUUCAGGUUUCAAAACUGAAUUUAGCUGAAUUUUAAAUAAUAGUGCAGCCACCAUGUUUUUACACAGGAAGCGUGUCGUUCAGACUGAAAGUUUUCUGACUGAAACUCCGGCUCUGUCUUAUUUCACCUCAGACCCUCAGACUCAGAGUUUCACUCCGCUGGAAACGGAAAGAUGCGAUUUGACGCCCAUCAAACGUCAUCGGAAGCCUCGCGUUGUGCAGCCAGUCAGUCAGUUUACACGAUGUCGAAGCCCAAACAAAGUUUUCAGGAAAGAAAAGUGAAUCCAGUGUUGAUCUUUUGAGGUUUUUAAAAGAAAACAGAGGCAGACAUGAGUUUGAAAGAGGAGGCGACACGUUGCAGUUUAAUCUCUGACGGCUUUGCAAUUAUAUCUGGAAUGAAAAGAAUAUUAGUCAUUGCGUCUAAAACAUAGACCACUGGAGUUUUUCUUUGAGGUAAUCAUGUGUAUUUAUUUAUUUAUUUACUCAAAUUUUCCAAAGUUUUUUUUUAAAUUAAUGACUGGAACUGGAUUGUAGUUUAGUUUAACUUCUCAUGUAUGAAAAGCAUCAGAUCAAGUGUUCAUGUAAAAGAAACGUCAUUUGCAAAAUGAACCAAUGAAGUGUUGAAUAAAUGAUGGACGAUCCUGGA